UGUUACUGAAAACGCUCAUAAAGACUCACGGCACCAUCAGUUUCAACUUUACCUCAGUUCUCUUAUUGCACGGUCCUCUAACUCUUCAUCAUGGUUGAUGCCUUCUGUGCCACCUGGAAACUGGUCGACAGUGAAAACUUCGAUGAGUACAUGAAAGCACUUGGUGAGUUUUUAUAACUUUCAAAUUAUAACCUAAUAAUACCACAUUUUAUUUAUGACCUAUAUUUGAUCAAUUACAUGAUGUAUGGUAGUUCGCAUCAGGUCAUGUCUUUUGCAUGAUCACACCUCUUAUUUACUUUUUUCUUUAAUUUCGCAGGUGUUGGUUUUGCAACAAGGCAGGUCGGAAAUGUGACCAAACCAACCGUUAUCAUCGCAAAAGAGGGGGACAAAGUGGUCGUAAAAACCCAGAGUACUUUCAAGAACACUGAAAUAUCCUUCAAACUGGGAGAGGAGUUUGAUGAAGCAACUGCAGAUGACAGAAACUGUAAAGUAAGUGCUACAACGUGGGAUUCAUGGUCAAAAUUGUGGAUAUACACUACAUGGCUCAUAUUUUUCACUGGGUUUGAGAAGCCUGUUACAGAGCCCAGUCCAAAUAUAUUUGUAAGAGUAAUAUGAUCUGGAUUAUGUUUUGGAUGUUGUACGGAAAGAUUGCAAGUAUUGUAUCUCUUGCUUGAUAGAAGUUACAAUAACAUUGUAACUAUAUGUAACUAGUUGGUGAGAGCAAUAUUCUGACCUAUUUUUCCCAUCUGUUUGCAGUCCACUGUGAGUUUGGAUGGUGAUAAGCUUGCGCACGUUCAGAAGUGGGACGGCAAGGAGACCAAGUUUGUGAGAGAAAUCAAGGACGGAAAAUUGGUCAUGGUAAGAGCCUUACUGAGUUAAUUCUGAAAUGUGAAUUCCUGGAUAAUAUGGAUGAUGAAACAAGGCAGUGAGGAAGCAAGCCCACUAGUACUAGUACUGGUGGAAAGGGUAUUUCUAUGUUGAAAGCCUUUAUGCUGAAGCAUAGUAGUAUAGUUGUCAAUGUGGAGAGAUCUGCAAAUUAGUAAAGAAAAUGUGCAUUGUCCUCAUCAGUUCAACAUGAUGACUGUAGUUUUACAUCACAUUUUUUAAAUGCAAGUUUGCAGGCUUACCUCUAAUAGUCCAUAUUAUGCAAUUAUCAUAUUAUACAAGUAUCAUAUAAUACAAUUAUCAUAUUAUACAAUGAUCAUUUCCGGUCUGACCUGAUGAGAUGUAUUGCUAAUAGAAACUGGACUCUUAUUUUUAUCACCAUAAAACGAGCAAUAUUGUACUUUUAAUAAUUAUGAGUAUGUAUGUAUGUAUGUAUGUAUGUAUGUAUGUAUGUAUGUAUGUAUGUAUGUAUGUAUGUAUGUAUGUAUGUAUGUAUGUAUGUAUGUAUGUAUGUGUAUAUAUACAGUAUGUAUGUAUGUAUGUAUGUAUGUAUGUAUGUAUGUAUGUAUGCAUGUAUGUAUGUAUGUAUGUAUAUUAUUUUACUGCUCUAGGGAUAUAAUUAUUGUUUGGAUAACCUUAUUUACUAUUAUGUAUAGAUUUUUACCUUACAUUUUGUUCACUCUUUAUGCAAUGUGCAAUGCAGAGAACACCGGAAGAAGAAUUAUCAUUGAAUUACCACAGUGAAUUAUUGUAAUGUUUGUUUGUGUCAAUUAAUCCCAAACGGGAUGGGUUGCCAAUUGGCGAUUUGACACUAAAAUAAAAUGUAAUUCAUAUUAAUUCAUUCAUUUCAUUCAUAUACUCUAUUUCAUGUUUGAUUUACUAAUUUCACAGUUAUUUAUUUUUUAUUUUAUCUGAUCCACAGACUCUCACAUUUGAAGACAUUGUGGCGGUGCGUACCUACGAGAAGGCAUGAGCUGAGAGUCAUCACUAGUUAAAUCAUUUGAGUCCAUUUUACUGGAAGACAGCCAAUAUGUUUUUUGUUUUUUACUGUAUGCUGACCUUUGCACUUCAUCCUUCCAACUGUUUUAUGACAUGGGCUGGAAAUCUUUUUUGUAAGAAAUUUUUAUAUACAUUUCUUUCAUGAUAGAUCAUCCUUUGUAAACCUGUGUGAAACAUACUGAAAUAAAAAAAUUAACUCAAAAA